AUGGAAUGUAACAAGGAAGAAGCUUCAAGAGCCAAGGAUGUGUCUGAAAGAAAGCUGCAUGAAGCAGACUUUCCUGGUGCCAAAAAGAUGGCUCUCAAGGCUCACCAGCUUUUUCCUGGCCUUGAAAAUAUUUCUCAGCUGCUUGCUGUUUGUGAAGUUCAUUGCUCUUCUUCUGUUAAGAUCAAUGGGGAGACAGACUGGUAUGGAAUUCUUCAAGUAGAACCAACUGCAGAUGACAUGGUACUUAAAAAACAGUACCGCAAACUUGCUCUUUUACUUCAUCCAGAUAAGAACAAAUUUGCGGGUGCUGAAGCUGCUUUUAAGUUAAUUGGUGAAGCCUACAUGACACUGACAGACCAUGUAAAACGUUCUUCCCAUGACAAUAAAAGGAAAGUAGUUUUUGCAACUUCUGCCCCUGUACCAAAGAAGCGGGCACGGGCAUCAAAGAAAACUGAUCCUGCUCAUAAGACGAACAACAAGGAGAACUUUGGUGCUCCACAAACCCAGAAGAAUCCACAGCAACAGGCUGGAAAGUCAAGUGGAUUAUCCAGUUUCUGGACUAUUUGCUUGACUUGUGGAACAAAAUACCAGUAUCCUUGUAGCUCGCUUAUGAGGUUUGUCCUCUGCCGAAUCUGUUCAAGGUCUUUCCUUGCCUAUGAUUUGUCCAAGAAAUCUGUUCCUGCUGGAGUGAACACAGCAUAUCCAGGGAGUGUAUUUGGGACGCAGCCGCAAAAGUUCCCUCCUAGUCAGCAAGCUCAUGUUACUAAACAGGGACAAAACAAUCAGAGUUUUGCUGGUUGGACUCAUCCAGCUCACCAGCAACAGCAAUCUCAGAAUGUUCCUAAUCAGCAAACUCCUGCUGCUAACCAACAGCAGCACUCUCAGAGACGUUCACCCAGUGCAGGGUCAAAGAAUGCUAUGAGCUCUGAGGGUGUAGGUGAUCCUAACAAUAAAGGAGCCACAGAUAGCACAAAAGUAUCAAGAGCACCAUCCAGAAAACAAAAUUGUGCAGAUAGAACUGAAUUGCCAUUUGCGCAGCAAUCUCAGGAUGGUCCUAAUCAGCAAACUGCUACUGCUAACCAACAACAGCAGUGUCAGAGGCGUCCACCUAGUGCAGUACCAACAAAUGUUAUGAGCUCUGAGGGUCUAGGCGAUCCUAACAGUAAAGGGGCCACAGAAAGCACAAAGGUAUCAAGUGCACCAAUCAAAGAAAAAGAUGGUGCAGAUAGAACUGAAUUGCCAUUUGUGUCUUCUGCUAAACUUUCACCUACAAACAUGCAGAAAAGGGGAAUACAGUCUCAGCAUUUUCCUAGUCAGCGAACUUCUCCUGUUAAUCAGCAAGUUCAGUCACAGAAACCCAGUUUUAAUGAAGGGUCAAGUAAUCUUAACAGUAUGGGAGUGUCAGACAGUAAUGUCACAGCUAAUGCCAGGACAUGUACUAACAUGAAUGUACCAAGAGCAUCACUUAAUAAAGAAAAUGGUUCAAGCAGAACUGAGUCACCACUUGCAAGUUCUGAUAAAGUUUCACCUGCAAACAUGGGAAAAGGGGUAAUGAAGGAUGCUAACGGUGCAGUCCAAACGGGGCAGAAUCCUCAGAGAUCAAGCCAGCAGGAAAAUAAUGUCAGUAAUGAAGAUGGCAGUGGUGGUUGUAGAAAAGGCAGUGAUAAUAUUCAUGAUUCUCCUGUGGCCAAAAGGAUAAGGAAAGGAUACUCUUCAAGCAAUGCUGACAAGAAUGGUGGAAUAGUACAUGAAGAUGGUAAUGUGUACACCACACAAGCAUGCAGUAUUCCAAUUACAAAGACUCCAAAUGAAAAUGUGGAGGUGGUCAAUGGCUUGGAUGAGAAACAAGGAGCAAGCAAAAUAGAGGAAAUGCGCAACUCUGGAAGAGAUGGCGUUGCUAGUUCUGUGGUCAAUAGUAUUCCUUGUGAAGGUGAUGUCUCGUAUCCAGAUCCAGAAUUUUAUGACUUUGAGGAAAAUAGGAAUGCAACUCAAUUCAAAGCUGAUCAAAUAUGGGCUGUUUAUGAUGACAGUGAUUCCAUGCCAAGGUACUAUGCUCGAAUUAAGCAGGUUCACCCAAACUUCAUGUUGUGGUUCAGUUGGCUAGAGUUUGAUCCUCUGAAUGAUGCUGAGAAGGCAUGGUAUUCUAAGGACAUGCCUGUUGCUUGUGGUCGUUUCAGAAUUGGGAAAACAAUCUUAACAGAAGAUAGAAAAAUGUUUUCCCAUGUUGUUUCUUGGACAAAAGGAAAGAAGAGAAACAGCUAUGAGAUUUAUCCAGUGAAAGGCGAAGUAUGGGCCCUAUUUAGGAGAUGUGACUUCAACCCGAGUUCAGGUUCCAGUGACCAUAAGAACUACAGAUAUGACAUUGUAGAAAUAAAAUCAGACUUUGCUGUGGGCGUUGGCACACAUGUCGCUCCCUUAGUAAAGGUUAAAGGUUUUGUUAGCCUGUUUGUGUGGUCAGACAAGGAAGAACCAUAUUUGAUUCCUGGUGGUGACACACUAAGGUUUUCACACAACAUCCCUUUUCAUAGGUUGUCAGAAGCUGAUAAGCCACAUAUCCCUAAUGGCGCCUUUGAGCUGGAUCCUGCAUCUAUGCCUUCUAACUUGGAAGAAGCAUCUUCGUCUGCAGACCUUAACAGGAGUAGCACUCAAGAAGGUAAUAUUGGAGGCAAUGUUUCGUCUACCAGAGACUCUUUUAAGUGUGAAAUGCCAGCUGGUAAGACCAAACAGGGACUGGAUACUGCUGCUACAAAUGAGGGUAAUGUUCACAAUGGAGUGAAGAAGCCCAAUAUCAAUGCAGAUGGCAAGCACGAUAAUGGCUCAGAGGCUUCUGUAAUUGAUGCUCAUACUGUUGACCAAUGGGAUGAUAGCUUUCAAUCUGAAUCUCCAGCAACUUUUGUGUAUCCCGAACCUGAGUUUUUCAACUUUGGUGAUAUAAGGUCAUUUGACAAAUUCAAGAGUGGACAAAUUUGGGCACUCUAUUGUGACAUCGACAAGUUCCCAAAGUACUAUGCCUUCAUAAAGAAAGUUGAUCAAGAUGACUUAACAAUCCACAUAAGAUGGCUUGAGUACUGUCCAUGUGGAGAGACAGAGAAGCGUUUGGUGCAAGAUGGUCUGUCUGCUAGCUGUGGAAUAUUCAGACUUAGCAGUCAAAGUGACAACUAUGAUUGCACAAGUGUCUUCUCUCAUAUCAUGGAAGUGGCACCGGUUACUAAAGGAAAGAAGUAUGAAAUUCUUCCUCGUGUUGGCCAGGUAUGGGCUAUAUACAAGAACUGGAAUUGUGGCUGGAGCUUUGAAAAUUUUAAAAGCUGUGAAUAUGAUCUUGUGGAGGUCCUGGAGAUUUCUGCUGCCUCUCUAACAUUGUCCUAUCUCACAAAAGUGGAUGGUUUUAGUACUGUAUUCAUGCUAGAGAGGAAAGGUGAAUCUACAAGUGCCGUGAAAAUAUUAAGAAGUGACAUGAUGAUGUUCUCACAUCAGAUUCCUUCACAUCGCAUGACAAAUGAAGGCGAUGAACUCUGUGGUUACUGGGAACUUGAUCCAGCAUCUGUGCCUGAAAAUUUCCUGGCUAGAAAAACAAAGUGA